CGCGCCACGAUUGCGUUGCGACCAUAACAACGCUUGAUAACCGUAACAUUUAUCGAUAUAAUUGAUUGUGGAAAAUCAGAAUUUGUUUACAGUUUUAAAUCUCCUGAAAACAUCAUCUUCGAGACUAGCACACACCCUGGGCACACGACGUUUUAAACGUGAAAAUUAAAAGUCACAUCCGAACUGACAAGAAUUCUAAUUUCAAGAUCCAAAUUCUUGAUCUCAAUCAUGGACUCCUGCUAAUAAUACAAUCAAAGGGGCGAGAGGAUCUGUGGAGGAAUGGGGUAGAGUUUGAGAUGAGGGUUCCGGGUCCAAAAACCUCAGAUCAGGCAGAAUCCGGCUCAGGUGAGAUGCAGGAAAAUGGCCGCUCCAGGAGAAAACGUGUGCCGAAGACGUGUGACUGCUGCGGGCCUAACGGCAAACCCCACGCGCCCGGACACGAGCAUGUUACGAAGAAACGCGGCCGCAAGAAGAAAGACAUGGUGAACCAAGAGGAGGUGGCUAGAGAGGAGGAGGUGAGCUCCUCGGCAAUGGAUUCCGUAAUAACAGUGGAUGGGGACACAUUAACUUUUUGUGAGAUGGAAGAAGCGCCGUCUCCCAGGGGAAAACUAGACGUAACCCAAACGGAAGACAACAUCAUGCCUGCAGUGAAUGCAACUGCUAUCAUGGUGAAUGGCAUAGACAACAGUCUUCAUACACAUAACUGUCAAGAUUCCACCAAAGAUCUUAUCUCCAGUGAGCAGGACCAUCCAGUUAAGACAAGUGCCACGGUGGACAGCAGCGAUGUCCGGGCCAGUUUGGCCACACACAGUGACUUGAUGGGGAAACUCUCAGAUUCUUCCUUGCACGUCAACAGCUCAGAUAGGGAUGUUUCCAGUCACAAUGAUGCCAUGGAAACCGAGGCGCCCACAUUGAGUACUGAGGUAGACAAGGCUUGCUGGGACCACCAUUACUGCAAACCUCUUCCUGGGGACCUCGGAAACGACUCAACGGAGGUGAUGCGUGAACCGUUGGCACUGCCUCCUGCUGCAAUCACCACAGAGGGAAUCAUUGAGUUUAUUCAUGAAUUCCUCGAGCAGUUCUAUGAGAAAUACGGAAGCUUCACUCCAUUGAGUGACACCGACGUUCUUCACCACCUCAAUAAGACGUUUCAAUCUGACUUGACCGACAGGAUGAAGCUGAUAAUAGCAGAAGUGGCCAAGUACAAAGCUGGUCUUGCCUGUGCUCCUAUGCAUUACUUCCAAGUGACCUACAACAAGCACACUUUGACCUUAGAUGACCUUUUAACACUUGACGACCAAAACUGGGUCAAUGAUCAGGUGAUUAACAUGUAUGGAGAACUGAUCAUGGAAGCUACAAACCACAAGGUUCAUUUCUUCAAUAGUUUCUUUUAUCGACAGUUUGCAGCUAAAGGGUAUGAAGGAGUGAGGCGAUGGACUAAAAAGGUUGAUCUAUUCUCUAAGAGAUUGAUUCUGAUUCCUCUUCACCUGGAGAUCCACUGGUCCCUCAUAACUGUGGAUGUCUUCAAGCAAAACAUACAUUUCUAUGACUCCCAGGGCAUCCUGUUCAAGUUUGCUGUGGAUAACAUCCUGAAAUACAUUGUUGCGGAGGCAAAAGAGAAGAAACAACUGGUAUUUCAAAAGGGCUGGAAGAUUGCUGUCACCAAGCCCAUUCCACAGCAGAAGAACGACAAUGACUGUGGUGUUUUUGUCUUGGAGUACUGUAAGUGCCUGGCGUUCAAUAAGCCAUUGCUGUUCACUCAAGAGGACAUGCCUCAAGUCCGCAAGAGGAUCUACAGGGAACUCUGUAACUGUAGGUUAUCUGACAGUUUAAACCCAGACAAACCAACAUAGAUGUACACCUAGUGUCUGAAAGGGAUUGAACUUCAUGGACAGACCAAGACAAACCAACAUAGAUGUACUCCUAGUGUCUGGAAGGGAUUGAACUUCAUGGACAGACCAAGACAAACCAACAUAGAUGUACUCCUAGUGUCUGGAAGGGAUUGAACUUCAUGGACAGACCAAGAAAAUCCUAAAUACAGAUCAGGCAUGGCUGGAGCUUCCCAAAUCUGUCCAAACAUUCCUGUUCGUCCAGUCACCGAAUAUGUUUGCCAGAGUUCAUCAGGUUGCGUUUACCUCUUCGCUAGACAUUGGUGGUUCAAUUAUGCCUUUUUCGAAGUUGUCAACCUUGUUUUUACAAGGACGCUGUAACAACUUCUCAGAGAUGGUGCAGAAACAAACAAGAAAAUUGACGAGUUGACUGGCAGUCAGAAAGAUUCAAAACCAUACAAUUGUGUGCAACCUUUUUUUUUUUUUUUUAUCUGACAACACAUUUUAAUUUAAAAUACAUAUAUUGCUGUUCAUCUUUGCAGCCUAUAACAGCCAUAACACAGCCCAUACAUUUCUAUGAGGUUUCAUUUGGUUAAAAAUGCAGUUUUUGCUUUGCAUUAUGAAAAUGACUUUCAUUGUUUAUAAAUAUCACAUCAUUGUUGUUGAGGUACAUGAUGUGUUUAUAAAAGGCUUUUAUAUGAAUGUUUGGCUAAACAUGGAGAAUUUUACCUGUCCAGUCAACUUUAACUUACAAGUUAAAAACAAGAUUUAGUGGCGAUAGGCAAGACAAGUUUAUUUAUAUAGCAUAUUUCAUACAAAGUGGUAAUUCAUAGUGCUUAACAUGGAAAUAAUAAAGAAAAUAAGAAUAAAAGAAAAAGCAGAACAGGUACCCCAGCCAGGGUUCCGAAGUUCGAUUGCCCCGUGAUAUUGAAGCAACCACCCCCAUAACCUUUAAUAACCACCUUUUCCGAGUUCCUAGGCAUGUCCCGUACCAGGAUGCUGUUAACGGUUUCCCUUUAAAUUAUACUCUUGAGUUGCCAGACCUUUUUUAUGAAAGAGCCACAGAGUUGAUGUCAAGCUGUUUGUUCUCAACCGUUUUUGCUUGGACGUUCUUUUUAGAAACACUCUUGACACUUUCUAAAGUGUUUCAGAAACGCAAGCAUGUAGUUUUGUCAUUUACUGAAGUUUGAUCAGUUAAAGGUCAUUUUAAAAUGGGCACAAUGAGUUUGUUGCAGUGAAAGCUGCAGGUUUAUGCCUUUUAUUUAUAUUUUAAUUGAUGAAGGCUGCUCUGAAGAAAUCAUGUAAAGUGACUGUUAUCAUCGGUUCAAGGGAUAGGUCAACCAAUAAUGAAAGUUCUCUCAUUAUUUACUCUACUUAUGUUGUUCCAAACCUGUAUGACUUACUGUGAAUGGUGACUGGGGCUAGCAUUCGGCUUAUAAUCAACUUUUGAGGUCCAUAGAAGGAAGUCAUUUGGGUUUGGAAUAACAUUGAGGGGGAGUAAAUAACGACAGGAUUUUAAUUGUUGAGUGAAAUACUACUUUAAGACAAACAGAGACUUGGCAAAAUGUAUAAAGCAAGUGUUUGUGAUGUAUGACAAUAAUCAAAAUUGGGGCCUACUGUUCUAAGUUUUUGACAUUGUGUAAUUGCAGCUUGGUACAAACAUAUUUAGGACAGUACAUUUAUCCUUGUCAGAGACCAAUCAUUUCAGGAGUCACAGAGAGCUGUACUGAUACUGUCGUUUUUGUUACUUGAAAUCUACCAACAGAUCAUAACCUCAGAUAGUGAUAUGACUAAGUUCCUGACUACUAGUUCACCAUUAUUUAAAAACACAUAAAACCAUGUUGAAUAACCAGUA